AUUCGUAAUCAAGCGUCAAUUUAAUCCAGUGUUGAUUUAUAACCAUCAUGUUAAUCAUAAACAAAAGGAAAUACUCAUGAAUUAGAGAGAUAAACUGUAGAAGAUCAAUUUACUCAUAAACCAUUGUAACCAUAACUAUCAUCUUGAAAAGGAUUUUGUAUAAAUAGCUCUAACCCAAGUUGGGUUACCCAACCGUCUUUGGAUUCCUAUGGCUAUUGUAAUCCCCCUUUUGUUUCUCCCUCUCUCUCCCUAUUUUUCCUAUCCUUUACUAUUUCCCUCCUUACAAUAAUGGCUAACAUUGUUGAUAAUAUUAAAACUAAUCAAUCUGAUUUUGUUUAUUUGUCUACAUUGUUUGUUCAUUUGUUUUCAGGUCAAUCGACAAUGGAACUUUCUAAGAUUGUAUAAUUGGUAUUCAUUAAGGUGUUUUUAAUUGAUUAUUGUGAUUAUGUUCAGUAAUUGUUACAGUAAAUUCAGAUAAUACAAGAUUUCUCUCGUUUACAUCUUUACCUUUCCUUUCAACUGUGGUUAUUGUUUACUCUAACAUUGUAGUAUCUUUAAAUUAGUUGUUGUGUUAUCCCUGAUUGUUUUUUAUUUUGUAUUUUCAACUGUGAAAGUGGUGAUAAAAAUAUGCUUAAAGGAUGAUUAAUUUGCCGACUUGAUGACCACUGGUAGGAUUAUUUCAAAUUUACCACUGUCUUACCGGAGAGAUGCUACUCCAUACUGUUAUCCCAAUUUUGAUUGGAAAGUGAUUGACUUCUGUGAACAACAAAGGUUAAUUACCGAUGAUUAUCCGAGGACGGUUAAAUGUAUUGUUGUUGGUGAUGCUGGGGUUGGUAAAACUUCUUUAAUCCAACGUUACAGAACCAAUGAGUUUUCAUUUGACCAUAAAGAGACCAUUGGAGUGGACUUUGAUAUACAAUCAUUCUCAAUAUUAGGUCUACCAUUCAAUGUACAAAUAUGGGACACAGCUGGACAAGAGAGAUUUCGUUGCCUUACAAGUUCUUAUUACAGAGCAGCUAAUGUGGCUUUAAUAGUAUUUGACCUUUCUAAUAUUAAAUCACUUGCUAAUACUUUGAGAUGGCAUGCAGACAUUUUGCGAAUUACGGAUGAUAUUAUUUUAUUUCUUGUUGGUUCAAAACGAGAUUGUGUGUCUCCAGCUGCUUUGGAGUUCAUAGAGACGGAGGCUGUUCGUUUAAGCAGUCAAAUGAGAGCUGAAUAUUGGAGUGUUUCCGCACAAAAUGGUGACAAUGUGAUUAGACUGUUUGACCGAAUAGCUGGACUAACCUUUCAAGACACUAUACUAACCCGAAUACACGAGAUCGAGGAAGAAAGAGUUUCCGGAGAUCUUAAUCAGACUUCAUUAUAUAGUGAAGGAAUUAUAGCUCUUAACCAAAAAUCUAAAGGAAGUCACCUCACUAAAAAUUGUUGUUUUAAACACCAUUGAAAUUUUUAAAGCAUGUGGAACUCAAUGUGACUGAUUCCCAUAUAAAACUGUCCAAAUUAUCAGCUACGAUUGUUAACGAAAUUAAAUGCACAAUAGUGAUCCUAAUGCCAUCUAUUGAUGAGAUUUAGCAUAUGUAAACAAAAUAAUUUUUGUGAAAUAAACUUCAUUGGAAAAUCCAA